AAAACCUCCCAGUUCGGAGGCUGGAAUCGCGAAGCGGUACCAGACUAAGCCCUCUUCCUGUUCACCGCGACGGAGCCGUCCCUGACCUGGAGCUAGCCUGCGGCGGCGCGUAACUCGAGAGGAAGGAACCAAGUGUUGAUUGAAGAUGAAUGCCCCUGAUCGCUAUGAGCGCUUCGUCGUGCCUGAGGGCACAAAGAAGGUGUCAUUUGAGAAGGAUACCAAGAUCAUGAAUGCUGCAUCGUUCACCAUUGAACGCGAGGACCAUACUGUCGGCAACAUCCUCCGCAUGCAGCUACACAGGGACCCAAAUGUUCUCUUUGCUGGCUAUAAGCUCCCUCACCCCCUUCAGUACAAAGUCAUUGUUAGGAUCCAUACUGCAAGCCAGUCCUCCCCAACGCAGGCAUAUACCCAGGCAAUCAAUGAUCUAGACAAGGAGCUUGAGAACCUUAAGCAGGCUUUUGAGGACGAGAAGAACCGUCACGAGGAAAGGAUGAAGCAGGGCUACUAGGCCAAUGGUGUUGUAGCUAACGUGAAAACUGUCUUCGUAUCUAACGUUUGAACUACCUUAUUAGAAACAAAAAGACUCGAGGCUUGUCGAUGAUCCCUGAAGUUGUAGAUCCUUAGCCUGUGUCUUGAGUUGGACACCACCAGGAUUGCCAUUCGAAUGUGUUUUGCUUAAACAGGGUUCUGCAUGCCAUUCUAAGCUUGGUAAUUAAACAUGUGUUUGCACUCUC